AUAAAAUCUGAUCAAAACUCUGGAAUAAAACUACUUUUUGCAAUAUAACUGAAAAAUAUAACACUCGAAAGACUUCAAAAUGGGUUGCCUAUCCGGAAUAGUUAACUUUAUUUUAUACAUUGUUAAUGUUGUGUUUUUGAUCGUUGGUAUCCUCCUGAUCGUUUUGGGAUCGAUUAUGUUAUCCGAUCUCAGUCAUUUUAAUGGAUCGGGCGAAGAUCCGAACACAAUUCCCAUUUGCAUUACUGUCCUGGGCGGCCUUAUAUUCGUGGUGUCCUUCUUUGGAUGCUUUGGAAUUUUCAAGCAGAGUGCUUGCAUGACAGGAGCGUACACCACCAUGAUGUUUAUCCUCUUCAUCCUCCAACUGGUGUUAACUUGCUGGGUAUUUGUGAACCGCAACGCCUUUUUGGGCGACAUGAGUAAUCUUGUGAGCAAUUUGUGGAGUAAUAAGGAUUACACCGCCAUGGGCUUGUUGGAGGACGCCUUCAGUUGCUGCGGCAAUACUGGAUAUUCAAACUAUGGCUCUGUGGGUCUAGCAGUACCCGGAACAUGCUGCGGAUACUUGGAUCGCCAGGCUGUUUGCAAUGAUUCGUACGUGUACCAAUCACGACCCGGCUGCAAUUCCAAGUUCACGGAAUUCUGGGACGACAAUAUGGACAUUAUCCGCUGGUCUGGCCUGGGAAUCUGCAUUUUCGAACUGGUGGUUUUCCUGAUCGCAGGUGCCCUAACAAACUGUAUGCGCAGGCAGAAUGCAGGUGGCAUGGCUUAAACCUAUAUCCACAAUGGGCUGCAAAAUAAAUUAUUUUUCUGUAAUAAAAUAAAAAUAUUAAUAAAA